GGCCUGCUGGGAAGGCGGGCUGUCCGUCCGUCCGUCGAAGGCCCCCUGAGGGGACGAUGGCGUCGGGCCUGGUCCCUGAGGAGAAGGAGGAGGAGGAGCUGCUGCUGCUGCACCCGGAGCUGCUGUCGCAGGAGUUCCUGCUGCUCACCCUGGAGCAGAAGAACAUAGUUGUUGAAAAUGAUACGAAGAGCAGCAAAGACGGACUUACGGACCUUUACGUUCAGCACGCAAUCCCUUUGCCGCAGAGGGAUCUGCCGAAGAGUAGAUGGGGUAAAAUGAUGGAAAAGAAAAGAGAGCAAAAGGAGUCGAAAAAUGAGAAUAAAAGCGACGUGGCGGUGGGAGGCCUGCGGAAACGACCUCUCAUCGUCUUCGACGGAAGCUCCACCAGUACAAGCAUUAAAGUGAGAAAGACGGAGAACGGGGCCAACGAUGGCCUGAGGCCCCCCCCUUCGGCGCACGCGACCACCGGCCCCCCCCUCCGCAAGCUCUCUCACCCCUCGUCACCUUCCGUCUCGCCCCCCGCCUUACCUACGGACGUUAAAGCGCCAACCCCAAACGGCAGCGAACAGAACCACGUCGUGGGAACCGGAAGGAGUUCGCUGGCUAAUGUAAAAUCGCCUCCGUCGUCUCCGGUCGGCGGCCCUGCCGUCGUGAAAUUGAAGAGGGCCGCUCCCAAAGAAGAAGCAGAGUCAGUGAACGACCUGAAGCCCACGGAAGCCAAGAGGAAGAUUCAACAUGUCACGUGGCCGUAAAUGAGGGGGCUUCCGGGAAAUGUAAAUAUACUCCGUAGCAGUAGGUUUCAGAAACGAAUAGGUCAGGUUUUAUUGACCACAGACAAUACCGCAUUUGCAGGGGUAGAUUGCCGUGAAUUUUCCUUUAAAACAGCCUUGCAGAUAAGUAUGAAGAAGCGUACCAGUCCAUAACUCUUUUUAAACCACCCUGCCUUGUUCACCAGUAGUAAAUAAGAUAAAAUUGGUGUUCUUUAUUACUCACCUAAAAAUAAUACAUAACUAAUGACCUUCAGUUAGUAUCCCCUGCAGAUCUAUCAAAAAGGCUCCUCAUAUUCGUCAGCGAGCCCCCAUUUUAACAUUCCCUCAAGGGAGUCACCCAUGUCCAUUACAGCAUCGAACAGGAAAGUUAAAAGUUAAUCGCGCCCCUGCCCCAUGACUUAAUUGCCUCAGUUGUUUCGAUUACCCCUUCGCUCAGCUGGUUUUUCUUGGCUUUUGCCAGAGUCAAUCCCCUGUCGCCUCCCUCAACCAGGAAGAACAGAUUCCAGAAGCUUUCCAGCACCCAGUCCCGUCCUUCCUUCCGAGAUUAACGGACCGCGAAAGCUUGCUGUAAACCAAGCCCCAGGGACUCGCUUUUGGGCGAUUUAGUUCGAAAUAGGGUUUCCGAGAGCAUUCUGGAACUUAUCCUUUCCAGCAAAUUGUUGUGACAUUCACUGAAAUGAGGCUGUCAACAGUCCCAUCCGGCCGAAGCUUGGAAAUCAUUUCGGGAACAGUGUCAUGGAAUCUUCAUUCUUCUCCCUUUUUUCCCUGCUUCAUUUGGUAGACUUUUUCCCACAGGGUAUAGUCAGAAUGAAAACAUACAGGGGUGCGGAGUAAUGCGUCUUUUUCUCAGAAUAUUAGCAAAGAACACAAGAGAAGUAUCAAAAUUGAUAAUAGGGAGAAUAGAUGAGCAGCACCACUGGAAAACCAGAUGGGCAACAAGAUCUCGUUUCUUCUCUAGCCCCCCAUGGGGGUGAUUCUAUCACUGAAGAAGUUGCUGAUGUUACAGACCCCUGUCUUUGUGAUCCGGAUGAUAAGAAUAUAAACCCAUGGAUUCAGUCUCCAAACGCGGCAACUGGAUGUUGGAGGAACCAUGUGGUAAUUGCCCUCUUGAAAAAUAGCCAUACUUGUCUAAUUUCCUCCACCAUAUAACCUCCACACUCCCCUCUCCCUCGCUGUAGACCCCCCCCCCUCCACCCCCAAGUUUUGAAGGAAAGAAAAUAUUUUUGUAAGGAGAGACAGAAGUGCAUGCCAGGGAAGGAAGAUGAGAGGGGUCAGAGUGGGCUAAUGCCAUGGAAUUAGGCUCAUCCAUGGGGGAAGGGUUCUUUUUGUUGUUGAGGGUUUUUUUGAAAUGUGCACAUGUGUGGUGGUAGUUGAAAGGAUCAGAGUGUGAAAGACCCAUAAAAUCAAGAUCGAGGCAGGAGAUGGGGAGUUUAUUAUUUAAAACUGCACUAGGGAGAGGAGGGAAGGGGGCAUUAUUGGAGCUCCUUGUAGCCAGGGAACAUGUCCUUCAACUCUGUUGUAGUAUACUCCUCCAACUGUUUAGUGCAGUGUUCUGCAUCCAGUAAGUGCUCAAUAAGUGUCAUUGAUUGAUUGUAUGCAGUACGUGAGAGAGAGCAGUAGAAGUGAGGCAGUCCCAAGAGCCCUCAUUUUUCUCCCUUCCUUUCCUCCUUUUAUUUCCUCCUCUAUAUUUUACUGCUCCCUGUAUUUAAGACUUAAUUCUCUGUGAAGUAGCCCUCCCUUUGUUUGGGAGCUGCCAAAAUUACAUAAAAAAGUGGGGCAGUUAGUGACUAAAUAUGGUCUUAGAGAAUUUAUAAUCACCCAUCAACUUCAUUUUUCCUUGCUAUGGGGAGUUUUGUGGGUUUUAUUUCCCCAAGCUCCCCAUGGUGACUUGCAUUUCCAUGCCUGGUCUCGGGUCUCACACUCUGAGCCUUCUACGGUAGAAUUCGCUUUCAAGUCAAAGUUGGCUUUUCCAAAUAUUGUCGAGAAGCUUCUUUCUUUGGUAUAUCCCAGACAGGUGGAUCUUGGGUAGUCUUGUAAAAUAUUUAACGAGUAGCUUGGCAGGUAAGUGCACACCCCAGCCCACUUUCAUUUUUCUUUUCAAGUCAACUUGUCUUCCAGAUUUAGUGGGGGGUGACCAGACGUCCCCAUGAUCACCUUCAGAUUUUUAGAAAAUGGCUCUGAGGGUGACAGUGGGUGCUGAGGCUGCUGGUGGUACCCCAGGGCAAGAAGGGUCUUUUUUCAAACAGUCCAUGGCAGAGGACUUAGGCUACCACGUGCCGCUCCGGCGUCUGGCAGGGUUCUGUUUUAAAGUGCAGGCCUGGCCAUUAUCAUGCCCAAGUGGCAAAAAGUGGAGUUUAUGCUCUGCCCCUGUCAGAUAUUGGGACUGGGUACCUCAAACUGCAAGGAAAUGGCCAAAGAGCUGCUUAAGUCGUACGGUCGCCCAUUACCACCUCCCCCAAACGGCUUUGCUACCAACUGGGAUCAGUUCCCCGUCCAUCCUCAGCAAACAACAGUCUCAAGCGUCCGGGCCGUGAAUAUCCGGGAGGUGAUAUCUGGCUUGGGAGGAUCUGUCGCAACCCUAGACAUUUAGGGAGCCUGAGGUUGGUGCUGAGGUCAGAGAGGAGGAUACGUUAUAUUUUGCGUGCUGUGGACCUCCUCCUCUCAGCUGCAUUGUCCUCUUGGCCAUUUCAGUGAUAGUUAGCCCGCUGGGAAUUAUUGGGCCGGGAAAAACAUUUUUCUAUCGCUUUUAUUAUUCCAAAUGAAAUUCAUUUUUUUUAUUCGUGUAUUUAACAUGCAGAUUAAGUUGGUAAUAAACAGCUGAACUGUGUACCAAAAACUUUGCUUCACAUUGAAGUUGCCGUUAACGGUCAUUCGAAGGUAAAUGCCCAACUGGGAGCUCAUUGUUGAACUCUUUAUUUGUGUUUUUUUUCUCCUGAUGGAAUCUUAGCGGUGAAGUCAAAAUGGAAGUGUGUGUCUUGCCCUUCUCUUCAUGAAUUGAACACGAGACACUGGCCACAUCCUACCACUUUUGCCCACUGUUUCUCCUGAAGUCAGUAGGAAACUUUUUCUCCUGAGGGUACCUAUGAAAGGACGGGGGUGAGGGAGAAAAGCGAAGAGGGAAGAGUCACGUCUGGAACCCCUUUGCAGUAUGCUUUCAUCUCUCCUUGUGAUGGCUGAAAUAAGUUCCAAAACAAUUUGGUUUAGGCCUCAGCUCUUUUUUUUUUCCCUCAAUAGCCAAUUUUAUUGGGUCUCACUCUUAACCCUGUGGGCCAUUAUGAGGCAGAUUCUCCCAGUUCCUAGGCUGGGCUAGUGCUCAGGAGUGUCAGAGGAGGACAGAAUCCCCUUUUCCUCUCCUACCUCAAAGAACCGGGAGCAGAAAGUCCCAUCCUUCCCCCAGCUCCGCCGGAGGAGGGAAACCCUGUCUUAGCUCAUGUUACCCCCCGCCUCCCACCGCCUUUAACCCCCUGGCAACCAUUUAGUAAAUUCCAGUUUCAGUGCGCAAAUGAUCGUCAUGGCCUGAAACUGUUAACUCGUACCGUCGGUGGCCCCAAAUUAACGAGCGCUUAGGCUUGGGAAAAUCGGGCUCGUUGAGAAGCUCCAACACGAUGAUGUGAUUGUCACCACUUGAGCUUUUCAUCAUUGAACUUCCUUUCUGCACUAACUCUUUCCUAGAUUUAAGUGCCGGAAGAUAGCACGGACAGGUGGUCUGGAAACUUGUUCAGAAACAGUGACCCAUUUGGAGGUUUACAUGAAAUAAAAGUAUCAGACAGUAGAUUACGUGGUAGAGAGAGAUGUCCAAAAGAGCCUCCCCAUUCACCACGGUGGAGUUCAGUUUAUUUUAGAUGCUGUAAAAAGCGGUUGGGUUGUUCUUUAUUAUUUUUCAGGAUGCUCUUUUAACCCUUGCACAGAUUUUGUACAGCAACGUUUAACACUGUAAUGUACGUUUUUGUAUGUAAAGAGCUGUCUUUUAAGUAGCCGUAUCCUUAUUUAAAUAAAUUGAACAAAAAUAA